AUGCCAGUCUUCGGCGGCCCCGAUCCCACACCCAGCACCUCCUCCUCCUCCCUGCCCAUCGCUCCUCCCGCUCCCUCCCCACCUCCGUCAUCCUCCUCUCUCGCACCCUCCUCACCCACACGCACGCUCUCACCCGCCGCAGCCGCAGCUCUCGCACGUGCUCAGCCUGCUCCGAGGCCUACCAGUCGCGCCGAGGCGCACUCGGCGAGACUGGACCAGGAGGGGGGCGAGGAGUUCAGGCCUGAUAGGAAGGAUUUGUUGGCGUAUCAUCGGGUGUUGGAUAGUCAGUUCCUCCCGAACGUCUCCAAAACCCAAGCAGUCGAAACCCUCUCGACCUUGCACACGAUUCUCUCCAACCUCCUCUCUCCUCCCGCUCCCUCCCAAGCACACAAAUACCGCCACAUCCGUCUCUCCAACCCCCUCAUCCAGCGCAUCAUCCUCACUCCCGCCUCCGGGUCCGCCAAGGACUUCCUCGUCCUCUGCGGGUGGAAACGCGAGGUGAAAGAAUUUGAGGAGGCGCUGGUUUGGAGAGGAGGAGAGGGACAGGUGUAUAGGGUUAGGUGUGGGAGGUUGGUCGUGGAGGGGAAGUUGAGGGCUGCGAAGGAGGCGGAGGAGAGGGAGAGGAGGUAUAAGGAGAGUGAGAAGGAGGCUGAGGCGGCGAGGAAGGAGAAGGCGCUGCUGGCGUACGAGGAAGACCGUCUCUCCCGCGCCGAGCGCGACGAGCGCGAACGCCUCGUCCGGGAAGCGCGCGCCGCCCUCCCCUCUCCUCCCGUCAUUCCCCGUCCAACCGGUCCCUCCCCAUACCUUCCCCGCGCACCCCCCAGCUCACUUCCCUUCCACGCCGCCGCCGCCGCGGAUCCCGAAGCAGGGACGGACGACCCCCCUCCUUCGUACGGGGAGUCUGCGCGCACUCACUCGCACUCGUCUGCAGCGUCGCUGCCGUUUCCCGGUGCAGGCGUUGCCAUCGCCCAUCGGUCUCGCGGCGGACGACGUUUGCGGUCCCGGUAUUGUACGGAUGCAGCUGGAAUCGACGAAGUGGCUCGCCGAGAAAGGCUAUGCGUCAGGAAUGGGGCGGGCGAUCCAUCUUGUGCGUUUGCACUCCCACUUUCACUUGUUGCCUGCUAA